UGUGUGACAUUAUAUUAAUAAAUCACAUUCGAUAUUAUGAAAAUUAAAAAUAAGUUUAAAAAAUAAACUUUGUAAAGUGAUUUAAAGAAUGUUGUGGACUGUUUGAAAUAAGUAUUGUGCUUAAAGGAAUAUAUUCAUUUGACAGAUAGAAAGCCUCCUAGACACAGAAAUCAUCGAUCCACAGCACACCCCUUCCCAAUCUGUCAGCAAAGAAUGCGAUAGCCGGAAAGCAUCCCCAUGUAUUUCCCGGAUUUUCCACGAUAUCGCACCCCGCGGAAUGCGUGUCUAACAGGGUGGUUUUCCAACCGAAUGUCUCGGAAAAACGACCUGUGAAAAUGGGGAAAGACUGAGGGACAGAAUGUUCGGAAUUUUCGCGAGAAUGGUAGGAAAUUCGCGUCGGCAUCACAUCCUCGCGUACUUUGUGCUUCUGGUUUGUGUGGUUGAUUUGGGACAAGGCUCAUUUAUUUCAGAUAGUCUAGAUUUUUCACUAUUCGUUCGCCACAGACGAAGUUAUAGUGAGCAGCACAAGAAAAGCAAAGAGGCUCUGUUGGGAAUCGGAAACGCAGUGAAAUCGGCAGCUCAUGCUGGAAAACCUACAGUUUUCAUUACGGAAAAUUGUACAGUGGUGCUGGCUCAAAUUGGCGGAACUGCCACAUUGCCAUGUGUCGUGAGAAAAUUCAGCAACGGAGUGGUGUCAUGGAUAAGGAAACAUGACUACCACUUGCUGACGGUGGGCGUGGCGACCUACAAUGCCGACGACAGGUUCAUGGUGGAACACGUGCGCCACCUACAGAACUGGGGACUGAUGAUCAAACACGUGCAACCUUCGGACGCCGGCCUGUACGAAUGUCAGGUGUCCACGCAUCCACCAACUAGUAUAGUUGUUGAGUUAAAAGUAACAAAAGCGCAGGCUGAAAUCCAAGGUGCUCCAGACCUCUACAUCAGAUCUGGCUCCACUCUACGCCUAGUCUGCACUCUAAAACACUCUACCGAGCCUCCUGAGUUCGUGUUCUGGUUUCACGAACAACGCAUGAUCAACUACGACCCAGGAGUUACUGUGAAAGAAGGUCGAAGUUCCAGUGUUCUACAUUUGCAGGAUGCCGAAAAAAUACACGACGGAAAUUACACGUGCGGGCCUAGCAAUGCUGUACCGGCCAGCAUUAAUGUGCACGUGCUGAAUGCUACUGCAGAGGAAAAACCGGCAGCCAUGCAGCACGCCAACUCCACGAAGAGUUCCUCAUCAACUUUUCUAUUAAAUUGCGGACUGCUGGCCGCCAUUUUGGUAUCGACCUUCGAACUGUCAACGUCGUGAUGUCCAUAGAUGAGUAAAAUAAACGAAACAAGGGAAAACAUGUUUUAUGGAGAACUCAGGCAAAUGAGUUCAAUCUGGCAACAACUUUACUAUUCUUACUACUUAGUAUUAAUUAACUCUAAUUUUUUAUGGGUUUUAUUUAAUAAAAAAUAUCGAUAAAAUUUAAAUACUUUUAUAAUUUAACUUAUUAAAAUUAUUGAAGAAUCAUACCAAUACAAUAUAGAUUAUCGAUAGAAAAGAAAUGAUCAUUUGCUUGAAGUUCUCUUUGGUACUUUGUAUACAUUAUAAUAAUAAUUAUAAUAUGUAAGAAAUUAAAAUUUCUAUUUUGUGAUAUUUCUUAAGGGUAAGUUGUUUAUUGUAGACUAAAUUUAAAAGCUUCUUGGUUAGUUAAUAAAAAAAAUCGAAUAAUUUAUUCGGCGUCAAAUU